GUUCACUAGGGAUAGGGGAGCGGUACUGGCCUCCCACCCCCUACCCCCUUGGACACAGAUCUGUGUUGACGAUGAGGACUUUGACCAGCUUAUGCGUUAUUUUUUUUUAUCUCUGUUUAGUGAAAAUUGAAAGGUUUUACUUUUAAACAGAAGUUGAAGUAUCUGUAUGUAUGUAAAAAUGUGAUUUAGUUAAUACAAAAUACAUUUCCAUUUCCAUAUAUCAAUAUUUUAGUGGCGUUUUACUUCAGACUGAUCUGUAACAUUCAAGUGUAGAUCUUCUUUUUUAAAAAAGUGGAGUGAAUGCAAGAAAUAAUCAUCAAAAUGAAACCGUGUUACACCCUCGUGUUUCUCGUGUUAUUCUUUGUUUUUGGAUGCACCAAGGGGAAACCCGUCGAUUCAGAGGCGCUGACAAAGGAAGUCGAAGAGUUACAAAAUGCAGUCGCAUUGCUUCAAAGAAAAUUUGAUCAUUAUGUCUCAAUGAACAUGCCAGUCGCCUUUACAGCCGGGUUAACUAAAACAAUCACAAACUUGGGAACGAAGCAGGCCAUUGUUUUCGACAAUAUAUUCACAAACGAAGGGAAUGGCUACAACUCUUUGAGCGGACAUUUCACCGCGCCAGUUAGAGGGGUUUAUGCUUUCUUUGUCGUUAUAACAAAUAUUCCCGGACACUCGUGCAGCGUUCAACUUUUGAGAAAUGGACACUUCCUCGGACACGUAUUGGCCCACACGAAAGCUAAAACAAAUGGCAAUUUUCUAACGUCAACACUUGCCGUCACAGCCAGACUGAAGAAAGGCGACCAAGUCUGGGUACGGAACGAAUAUGCUUUCUCUCCAGUUGAACAGAUGGACGGUAAUAACUGGUCCGUGUUCUCUGGACAUCUCAUUGGUGCUUACUAGCAGAGGGAAAACAUAUGAGCCGUGCCAUGAAAAAGCCAACAUAGUGGGUUUGCGACCAGCAUGGACCCAGACCAGCCUGCGCAUCCACGCAGUCUGGUCAGGCUCCAUGCUGUCCGCUUUUAAAGCCUAUUGGAAUUGGAAAAACUGUUAGCGAACAGCAUGGAUCCUGACCAGACUGCGCGGAUGCGCAGGCUGGUCUGGAUCCAUGCUGGUCGCAAAGCCACUAUGUUGGUUUUCCCAUGGCACGGCUCAAUUAUAUAGAAACAUUUUCUUGUCAGAAAUGUUUAUUAAUACAUUGCAUAGACAUCAUUCUCCUUUCAUGAUUCCUCACAAUUCUUUUGUUAAACUUUUUUGAAAUUUAGAAAGCAUAUCUUAUUAGAAAAACACUGUCAAAGAUAUAUUAAGCAGUCAAAGGAGUGGCGUAAUGUGUU